UCCUCCCCCAAAACAGGAAGGAAAAAGAUAGGCAAGUAGACAACUGACCAAGUUUAAUUGCCAACCCGACAAUAUAGCAGAUUCAAUUGCACACCGCUCUCCUCCAACCAACAUAUUCUGGCAAAGGUUUUUGCCAUUAAAGAACUCCCACCUUUCCAAUCCCUCUUCACAUGUCCAAUUCACCAUUUAACAACCUCCCACCACUCAGUUCAUUACUACAUUACAUCUAACUUCGACACUCUCUGUCAUAAAUUUCACAUAUUCUCUGCAAUCGACGACGAAUCCGAGGCCAGAGGGCCUCCAAAAAAUACAUGUCUUUCUCAGUUGAGGCAGCCCCUCCUCCUCAGCGCAUUGUUCUUGACGAUGAGAAGGAAGAAGAAGUGAACGACAACCCAAUCGAGCAAGUCCGGCUGACGGUGCCAAUCACCGACGACCCGACCCAACCGGUCCUCACUUUCCGGACAUGGGUCCUCGGGAUUUUAGCCUGUGCAAUUCUUUCCUUCGUCAACCAAUUCUUCGGCUACCGUCAGAACCAGCUCUUCGUGGGCUCGGUUUCGGCUCAAAUCGUGGUGCUUCCAUUGGGGAAGCUAAUGGCCGCAACUCUGCCCACAAGGAAAUUCAGAAUCUCCCCCUUUUGGGACUACACAUGGUCGCUGAAUCCGGGGCCGUUCAACAUGAAGGAGCACGCUCUCAUCACCAUCUUCGCCAGCUGCGGCUCGAGCGGCGUAUACGCGGUUAAUAUCAUCACAAUCAUCAAGGCGUUCUACAAGAGAGGUCUCCACCCUGGUGCUGCUUUCCUCCUGGCACAGACAACUCAGCUGCUCGGCUAUGGAUGGGCAGGGCUCUUCCGCAAAAUCCUCGUCGACUCCCCUUUUAUGUGGUGGCCGGCUAAUUUGGUCCAGGUUUCCUUAUUCAGGGCGCUGCACGAGAAGGAGAAGAGGGCGAAAGGCGGAUACACGAGGCUCCAAUUCUUCACCAUUGUCUUCAUUUGCAGCUUUGCUUACUAUGCAUUUCCCGGUUACUUCAUGCCUUCGAUUUCGACCAUAUCGGUGAUUUGCCUGGUGUGGAGCCGGUCCAUUACCGCGCAGCAGGUUGGGUCGGGGAUGAGUGGACUUGGCCUUGCGAGUUUCGGGCUCGAUUGGGCUACUGUUGCUAGCUUCCUCGGUAGUCCGAUUGCCAAUCCUCUGUAUGCCAUUGUCAAUUCGUUUGUAGGGUUUGUGCUGCUGAUCUAUGUGGUCCUGCCCAUUGCUUACUGGGGAAACGUUCAUCAGGCGAAACGUUUCCCCAUCUUCUCGUCGGGGACGUUCGACAGUACCGGGCACCCUUAUAACAUUACGAGGAUACUCAAUGAUAAGAGUUUCGACAUCGAUUUGGCGGCUUACGAUGGUUACAGCAAGAUCCAUCUCUCCAUCUUCUUUGCCUUUGUGUAUGGGCUGAGUUUCGCUACUCUGACUGCUACCAUUUCACAUGUUGCCCUCUUUGAUGGACAAGUGAUCGUGGAUCUAUUCAAGAAGGCGACAGCAGCAAGCAAAGCGCGAUUUGCUGAUGUGCAUACUAGAAUAAUGAAGAAGAACUAUGACGUUGUACCACAAUGGUGGUUUAUUCUUGUACUGAUAGUGAGUUUCUUUAUGGCUUUGUAUGCCGUGGAGGGUUUUGGGCAGCAACUGCAACUUCCCUGGUGGGGACUCAUCUUUGCCUGUGUCCUUGCUAUGGUUUCCACUCUUCCAAUCGGUAUAAUUCAGGCCACUACAAACAAUUUCGAAUUGCAGCAAAUCGGACUAAACGUGAUCACGGAGCUGAUGAUCGGUUAUGCUUAUCCUGGAAAGCCUCUAGCCAAUGUGGCAUUCAAGACCUAUGGCUACAUCAGCAUGGCACAAGCUCUCUCAUUCGUGGAAGACUUCAAACUCGGACACUACAUGAAAAUCCCUCCCAAAUCGAUGUUCAUCGUCCAGCUCGUUGGUACGCUAGUUGCUUCGAGCGUCUACUUCGCCACAGCUUGGUGGAUACUCGAGAGCGUGCCCCACGUCUGCGACUUGGACGUCCUGCCCGAGGGAAGUCCAUGGACGUGCCCUGGAUUUGACGUGUUCUACAGCGCGUCGAUCAUCUGGGGAGUGGUGUCGCCACGAAGAAUGUUCGGAGACCUAGGCAUCUACAGAGAGCAGUACUGGUUCUUCCUGCUGGGGUUGCUUGCUCCGGUCCCGGUUUGGCUGCUGUCCCGCAAGUUCCCAAACAAGAAGUGGAUCAAGCUGAUUCACAUGCCGCUGAUCCUCGGAGCAUCAGCCAGCAUGCCGCCUGCGAGACCAGUUCACUACUGGAGUUGGGCAGCGGUCGGGUUUUUCUUCAACUACUACGUCUACAAGAGGCACAAAGGAUGGUGGGCUAGACAUGCCUACAUACUGUCAGCUGCAAUGGAUGCAGGGGUUGCCUUCAUGGGGAUUCUUCUCUUCUUCGCGCUCCAGUCGAAGGACAUCUAUGGCCCGGACUGGUGGGGGCUCGACGCAUCGGACCAUUGCACGUUGGCUAAGUGUCCCACUGCACCUGGCGUCAUAGUCAAGGGCUGCCCUGCCAUUUCCUAACAGUUCUGUAGCUAGCCUAGUUAGCUUAGUUUCUUUGUGAUGUUUCAUAUGUUUUCUCUUUUCUACGUUGGAAAGUCAUGUUGGCGUGGAUAUAUUGAUCGACUGGUUGUGAAGAAGAAUGGAGAAAGGAAGCCCCUCUUAGGAUGAAUCAUCUGUCUCAUUAAACUUUAGAUACAGAUACAAAGUUGUCGAUACCAUUUACUAACAACAAUGUUCAGUGUGGAAAUUAGUGCAAUGCAUAAUGAUGAGAGAGUCUAUGUGCCUAAUAAACCUGGCAAUGUAGAAUUCAAGUAGUUCAGGACACAUUUUCUGAGUCUUUGAUGAAAUUUUGUUUUUGGGUUCCCUGGUUUAUGUAAACAAAGAGCUCCAGAUACUACAACUCUGGCACAUGCUCUGUUUUAUCAAUUACUGUUCUACUUGGUGUUAAAUUAAUGGUUGCAGACGGCAGA